UUGGAUUUUUCUUCCGUCUUCGAAAAACACUCCGCUGUAAAUUGAGCGGCGCAGGCAGCCCUUCCUAUUCGCCGCCCUCUUUUCCUCCUCAGCCCAAAACUCACUGAUCGAUUGAUGAAUGGAAGCGGCGGAGCCCUUACUGUUAUCCACCUCAUCUCCCAAUAUCUGUGAUUUCGUCAUCACUCUCCAUUCUCCCCUUUCCCAAACCCAAUCCUUGGACGCAAACCCUAACUUUUACCAACAACACGAUGACGAAGAAGAAUCCGAGCCUCCGCCGCCUCCACCGUCCUCCUGCGGCCGGAAGAAAAUUCAGCGCAGUAAAACCGCCCCGGCGAUGAUCGUCAUGAAGGAUUACCGGUCUCAUCCCGCCGACGGCGACGCCAAUUUCGAAUCCGAUUCCCCUUCGCUCGUUCGCCAAGCUGCAAUUCUGCUUGUUUUGUACCUAGCCUUAGGCAUCGUGAUCUACUCCUUCAACCGCGACCACUUCUCCGGCAUUGAGACUCACCCCGUCGUCGACGCGCUCUACUUCUCCAUCGUCACCAUGUGCACAAUCGGCUACGGCGACAUCGCCCCCACCACCCCCAUCGCGAAGGUGUUCGCCUGCGUUUUCGUGCUCGUCGGAUUCGGAUUCAUCGAUAUUCUCCUCAGCGGCGUCGUCAAUUACGUGCUGGAUUUGCAGGAGAACAUCAUCCUCGCCGGAAUCAAGCCUUCGCCGGCGCCGGCGAAGGCGAAGGGCUUCUCGGCGCGGAAUUACAUAGUCGAUGUGGCGAAGGGGAGGAUGAGGAUCCGAUUGAAGGUCGGAUUAGCCCUAGGCGUGGUGGUGCUGUGCAUCGGGAUCGGCAUCCUGUUCCUCCACUUGGUGGAGCGCCUCAAUUGGGUGGAUUCCGUUUACCUAUCGGUGAUGUCGGUGACGACGGUGGGGUACGGCGACAAGGCGUUCAGGACUAUAACGGGGAGGCUGUUUGCAUCGGUGUGGCUGCUGCUGUCGACGCUGGCGGUGGCGCGUGCGUUUCUGUACCUGGCGGAGGCUAGGGUUGACAAGAGGCAUCGGAAAAUUGCGAAUUGGGCGCUGCAUCGGGAAAUCACGGUGGAGGAUUUGUUCGCUGCUGACCUCAACAACAACGGCUUCAUUAGUAAAUCGGAGUAUGUCAUCUACAAAUUGAAGGAGAUGGGGAAGAUUAAAGAGAAGGAUAUUAUGCAGAUAUGCGAUCAGUUCAACAAACUUGACCAGAAUAACUCCGGCAAGAUCACUCUUCCUCACCUGCUCCAGAAUCCUCUAUAGCAUUUGUGUUGUUUGUACACUCAUUGUGGGAUUUAAUUAAUGUAUGCAUAUACAAACUGAACUUAUUUGAUUGACAAAUUAUUUGUUACA